AUACUUCAAUUUACCAAAAGUAAUAGUUUCAUAACCCAAGUUGUAUAGACUCUCAUGAAAAGGAUGAGCAUGGAAGAAGACCGAGUCGCCGCGGUGGAGCGGCUCGUGUUUCUCGCAAACGUUUGCGCCGCCUCGUUUCUGUCGCCGCCCGGAGCGGAUGCGUCCGCAAGUUUCGCGUGCAAGACGUGCGACAAGAAGUUCGCGUCGUUCCAGGCGUUGGGCGGCCACCGGGCCAGCCACAAGCGGGCCAGGCUCGUGGCGGGACCCACCCUGGGCGGAGAACGGGACGGCGGGGAAGCAGGCAACAAUAGUAAUAGUAAUAGUAAUAAGGGCAAACAGAUGCACUGUUGCUCUAUAUGUGGGGUGGAGUUCACCAUGGGGCAGGCCUUGGGCGGGCACAUGAGGAGACACCGGGCAGCGGCUUUGUUGAAUAGUAGUAGUUAUAAUAACAAUGGAUGUUCGGGGAAACCGGCGGCGGCAGCGGCGGCGCUGCCGGUGUUGAGGAGGGCGAAUAGCGGCAAGAGAGUUUUCGGGGUUGGAUUGGAUUUGGACCUGAACCUGACUCCGCCGGAUAGUAGUGAUUUCGCAUUUGGAUCCAAUUCCAAAACGCCUCAUACUCCAGUUUUACACUGUUUCUUUUGAAUUUGUUAUUCCUUUUUUUUUUGUGCUCGUCUGAUUUUAGGACCAUUCUUUAACCAAAUCUAUGUUGAAUUUGGUAGCAAUUGUAGGUUUAUUUUUCAAAUUUUUACCUUUUUUUUUGUAAAUUCUGUCUAAAAAGUUGAACUUUUUUGGAUAUUCCAUUGAUACGAUCCAAAAAUUUGAAUAUCCAAAUAUUUUCGGAUAUAGAAUGAGUUUUAAUUGAUCCGAAACUUUCAAAUAUCCGACACUGACACUGCGGAUUGGAUCGGAUCGAUCCGAUUGAACACCCCUAUCCACAACAAUGGAACAAGAAAAGUGUUCAAUUGGU